AUGAAUAAGACUUUUCUUCACUAUGAACAAGUUUAUCUAAGUACACGAACUGGAGCACACGUUUUGAGUCGAGUUGGUCCUGAUGGCUUACCAAUGGAUUAUGCUUUGGCUCGACGCUAUCUCACCAUUUUAAUUGACUUGCUUCCGACAAAUUUAUUAAGUUGGCUUGUUGAAACUACCCUCAUUGACACGAAGUUUAAUUCAAACUUGUACGCAGUUAAACCAAAGUUUCAUGUACUUUCUAAAGAUCCAGUCUUCAACGACCAUCUUGCAUCAAAAUUACUCUCCGGCUCUAUCAUUCAAAAACGAGACGUAUCGAAAUUUACCGAGAAUGGGGUCCUCUUUGAAGGCGAAUCGUCCGUCACCGAAGCCGAUGUAGUUAUAAUGGCUACCGGAUACACGUGGAAAUUUCCUUUCCUCGAAGACGACAUCCGUGCAGAUAUGGAAAACCAGCUUACUUUGUACAAAUGCACAUGGUCUCCUAAAUUAAAGCACUCCACAUUGGCCUUUGUGGGGUUCUUUUUACCGUUUGGUGCAUCUUUUCCAAUGGGAGAACUGCAGUGUCGGUGGGUGGCUCAAGUGUUUGCAGGGAAUCUAAGACUACCUUCGAGAGAGACAAUGAUGGAUGACAUCAAGAAAAGGCUCGAAAUCAACGAGAAAAGAUAUGCACCCUGCCGUAAACAAGGUGUUCGCGUCGACUACACGCAGUUUCAAUACGAGAUUGCUGAGCAAAUAGGCGCUAAGCCUAAUUUUUACAGAAUGUUGUUUACAGAUCCGCAGCUCUGGUUCAAAUUAAUAUUUGGUCCUAGUGUUCCCUAUCAGUACAGACUACAAGGACCACAUCCGUGGGAAGGAGCGAGAGAAGCUAUUAUGAAAUGUGAUGAAAGAGUACUGUGGCCAUUAAAAAGAAAGGAAGUAGAAAGAGUGGAAUCGUCAUAUGUUCGAUAUGCAAAGAAAUUUCUAUAUUUCCUGCUUCCCUUUUCGUAAACUUGGCACUUGGGUUUAACUAGUGUUAUGCACAAUCAUGCUUGUGUAUUACAAUUGUUGAAUGGUUAUUUGUUCUGUAUUGUAUCGAUGUAUGUACAGAUCAAAUUUCCUUGAAAUCGUUCCAUUAGUUCUAGAGAUAAUCGUCUGCAAUUCUGUCUCUUAAUCGAUAAUCGACCAAGUCUGUCUCUUAAUUUCUUACACCAGUGUAUUUAAUGCAUAGCUCGCGAUAUUGAAGUAUUCUUUAUUGCAUAAAAAAUCUCUAGAUGCAAUCACAAUUUGUAUCUUUCUUAUUCAACAAGUAUUGUAAAUCACAUGGUAUGAUCUUUACUGAACGAAAUAGUUUCAUAUUCUCGCUAACAUUUUUAAUGAAAUAGUGUAUUUUAUGCAUAGUUUGCGAUAUUGAAGUAUUCUUUAUUGCAUAAAAAACUCUAGAAGCAAUCACAAUUUGUAUCUUUCUUAUUCAACAAGAAUUGUAAAUCACACAAUAUGAUCUUUACUGAACGAAAUAGUUUCAUAUUUUCGCUAACAUUUUUAAUAAAAUAGUGUAUUUUGC